ACUACUCAGUUCGCCACAUAAAGAGUGUUAACUGAUGAAAUUAUAAAAGACUAUAUUGUUUUUAAAUUUCACAAUAUUAUUUUUCUAUUUUGAAAAUUAAGAUGAGUAAUUGACCGAUUUCUAUAAUUUUAUUGAAUAAUUUAGUAAUUUCCUCUUUUUUUUAUCUAAAAAAUAAACUUAGGUUUUCGGUUACACUUCCGAUCUCCGUUGUCUGAUGUAGCAGUAUCUCAUUUUCGAAAUCUCCCUAGCCGCCCGCCGUCUCAGGUCGCCGUCGAGGUGCACCUUCUGCACCAACAGUUUUUUUCCAGGAUUUUUAUGCAUCAGAGUAGGUGUUUGCAAACCCAAUGUGUGGCAUACGGAGCUAAUUUGCCAUUGUAAGAGCUAGCAAUAGUAUUAGCCAAUAAUGAGCUCGCUUUUUAGAAUAAGACACUGUUUACCAAAUGGUUUGUUGUAUAGACAACCUCUUUAUGCUAGCAAUGUAGGGCUUAAUGUUAGCAAACUAAAUGUAUUUACAAGAAACCUAGGUCAAGCUGCAAGGAAAGAGGAGGAUGUAGAGGAAGUUGAAAUUGAUCAAAGAAGUCUCCCAGCUGAUUUUGAUCCUGUAACAUUUGAUCCUAAUGAGCAUCGUGGGCCUCCAUCGGAGAGAGUUUUCAGGCUUGUUGAUGAAGUGGCAUCUCUAACGCUAGCUGAAGGUGCUGAAUUGGGUCUCACUCUGAUGAAGAAAAUGGGGGUAAAAGAGAUGCCUAAUGUGGGAUUUAUGAAACCAGGAUCUGUAAAUUUGGCUGGAAUGGCAGCGAAUGCACCAACAACAGCGAAGGAGGAACUAAAGCCAGAAAAAACUGUAUUUGAAUUGAAACUGGUGUCCUAUGAAGCAGCUUCCAAAAUUAAAGUUAUCAAGGAAGUUCGCGGUUUUACUGAUUUAGGCUUGAAGGAGGCAAAGGAUUUAGUGGAAAAAGCACCUUCUAUUAUAAAGAAAGGUGUUUCAAAGGAAGAAGGAGAGCAGAUAAUAGAGAAAUUGAAAGCUCUUGGCGCAAAUGUCGUUAUGGAAUGAAGUGAUGUGUUCUGUUUUUUGGAGAACUUUUCAUCUAGUAUUAAAAAAAAUUAGAAGUUAUAUGGAAUUUAGAAAAUUUCACAUUGUUAGCCGAAUAUACUGCAAAUUUUGCUAGUAUUGUGUUUCAAGCCGUGCUCAUUUUUAGCUGCUACAUAACAUUAUCUUUUAUUUUUCUCUUGGAUGAAAUAAAAGUAUUAUUCAUGCUUCUGAAA